UCCACACUCAGAUCGGUCCUCUAGCACGCCGUACGUAGCAGUAGUAAACCAGGCAACAUGGUCGUCGCAGGAAUUGACAUCGGCACGACGCACGGAUGCGUUGGCGUGUGGCACAACGGCAAGGUGAACAUUAUCGCCAACGACCAGGGAUUCCGUACUACGCCCACGUACGUGUGCUUCGAAGGCGAGGAGGUGAUCGUGGGUGACACGGCUGUCAACAAGCUGCCGUCGCACGCCGACAACACCAUUUUCCACCUCAACCGCAUUCUGGGCAAGGCCCACGCCGAUAUUAAGGACCGUGACUUUGUCAAGGAGUGGCCUUUCGAUGUCACGCAGGGCUCCGAGGGUGCUCAGGUCGAGACCCAGCGCAACGGCGAAAAGCACCCCGUGACCCCUGUGGAAUUUAUGGCUGUACUGCUGCAGAACCUUAAGGAAUUGGCUGAGGACUUUACGGGCGAGAAGCUUGAGCACGUGGUCAUUAGCAAACCAGCUCACACGGACGACAAGUACACGGAGCUGUUGGACGCCGCCGCCAAACAGGCCGGUGUCAAUGUGUUGACGUACCUGAGCGAGCCUCUAGCCGCUGCCAUUGCCUACGGACUGGACGAGGCUACCAGCAAUGAGAAGCCCGAGUAUGUGCUUGUGUUCGACAUUGGAGGUGCCACCCACGACGUGACUCUGCUUAACGCCGACAAGGGUCUGUUCGAGGUUGUGGCCAGCAAGGGCAAGGACACUCUUGGCGGAGAGAACUUCACGGCUGCCGUGUUCGAGCACUGUGCCAAGUCGUUCAUGCGCAAGACCAAGCUGGACGUCAAGACCAACCAGAAAACGUCCAGCCGUCUUCGCAUUGCAUGCGAGACCGCCAAGCGCUCGCUGUCCACACAGACGCAGGCGAACAUCGAGGUCGACUCUCUUAUGGAGGGCGAGGACUUUGCGCUCAAGCUGUCGCGUCCUCGUUUCGAGGAACUCAUUACUGACUACGUGAACGAGACGAUCACCGAGAUCGACGCUAUUCUGGAGGAGAACGAACUCGAGAAGGAGGACAUCGACCACGUUGUGCUGGUUGGUGGCUCUACACGUAUCCCGCUGGUGCAGAACCUUGUCAAGAAGUACUUUGAGGGCAAGAACGUACGUACGCAGAUGUCGCCCGAUGAGGCUGUCGCUUUCGGUGCCACCAUCGAGGCUUCGGGUCUUGCCGAGCUCGUGGACGUGCCCGAGCCGGAGAAGCCACUGAACAUGGUGAACGUGGUGCCGCUCAACCUGUCUGUGGCUCUGGCCAAUGGCAGUGUGUCGGAGCUUAUCCAGCGCGACACUAUCUUGCCCGCCACGGCUACGGAGCUGUUCACGACCUCGGAGGACAACCAGGAGGCUGUGUUCCUGCAGAUCUACGAGGGCCAGCGUUUGAUGGCCAAGGACAACACGCUCGUAGCGCAGCUGAGUGUGUCCGGCAUUACCCCGCAGCCUAAGGGCGACGCUGAGAUCGAGGUGACCUUCACUGUCAGCUCCAAGGGCGUCCUUACGGUGACUGCCGCGGAGCGCAAGGCCGGCAAGAAGUCGCUUGAGGUGACGCAGGACUCCAAGCGUCUGACUCCCGCUGACGUUGCCGCUAUCGUCAAGAAGGCCGAGGAUGCCGCUGACGAGGAUGACGAGCUGUUGGCCCAGCUGGAGGAUGCCGAGGAGGAGGCUGAACUCGCUGCCGUUGCCCCUGAGGUUGAAGCCGCCAGCGCCCCCGCCGUGCCUGUCGUGCCCACGCAGGACCUAGACUAAACUACAAAUCACUAAUAGCUUGCACACACAAUGCAAGACACGUUAUUUGUUUCUCCAA